UUCAUCCUGAUCAAGAUGGCGUCUCAGCAGCAGCAGCAACAGCAGCAGCAGCGCCUGGUUCAGCCAGGAGUACAACAGCCCGAUUCUCUUCAGCAACAGCAACAACAGCAGCUUAGUCAAGAUUUUGACCCAGUCCAUAGAUUCAAGAUGCUCAUCCCACAGCUGAAGGAGAGUUUACAGAACCUUAUGAAGAUUGCAUCUCUAAAUUUGGCUCAUAACACUGCUAUUGACAAUGGCAUUGAAAGCAGUGAUUCCACAGUUCAACGCUUUGAUAAAAGCUUGGAAGAAUUUUAUGCCCUUUGUGAUCAGGUUGAGCUUUGUUUGCGGUUGGCGUAUGAGUGCCUCUCCCAGUGCCUUGAUAGUGCCAAACAUUCACCAAACUUGGUACCGACAGCCACUAAGCCUGACACCGUGCAAACAGAGUCUAUGUCCUAUGCUCAGUACCUUGGCAUGAUCAAGUCUCAAAUCUCUUGUGCUAAAGACAUUCAUAAUGCUUUGCUAGAAUGCUCUAAAAAGAUAGCUGGGAAAGGACAGCCUCAAGGAAUCAUGUAAUUUGUGGUUGCAUUGCUGUUUCUUAGCUCAGCUUUUCAUGUUUUGUAUAUUUAUUCAUAUGGAAAGAUGUUAUGACCUCAACCAGCCAGCUGGUGGCAGUAGAGUUGUAAUUACUUAGUUUUGUCUCUUGUUUUUAUAAUAAAAUGGAAAAAAUAA